AUGGCCAGAACAAGGCAGAAUGCGAAUAAAACCACAUCCAGUACCAUGCUACACAUAUCCAUUGAAUCCUGGGCCAGUUUGUCACUGAGUUCAUUGGCACCUGUUCCCUCAUCUCAGGGACAGAGCCCUCUGUCUGAGGAGUGGCAUAACUGGUGGCUCAUGGAUAAGGCACACACCAUAGACAUUGACUUCCAAUGUCCUGGCUGCCACAAACUUGAAGAGGGUGGUGUGAAGCACAAGGAAUUACAUUCAUACUUUCCAUUCAAGUGUACUGUACAUGGGAAGAGAGUUCCUAUGUUGGAUAAGCCAAUUAUCAUCUCAGGGAUCUGUGAAAGGGUGUCAAAGUUGCAAGUGGAUGGAAAUUCAAGGUUCAUUGCUGUUGCUCCUCAAGACAACCAUCAAGGAAUAUUACAAAAGUUUAAUUGGUGGAGUACGAAGAUCAAGAAAUUGGGUGAAAAGUUGACUGCAUAUGGCUUCAAGUGCAAGAUAAUAUUCAUUACUGUCCAUAGUGAAGUCACCCAUGGCAACCUGUUUGCAGGGAAGGGCGAGAGUGGUGAGGAUGUUGCAAUGGAGGUUGGUGAGUAUCGUUUCAACAGUCAUUUGGGACUCUGGCCAGAGUAUAUGGUCGCAUUCACUGCCAAGGAUUUCCUCAAUGCAGUCAUCAAAACUUUCAUUGUGUCUUAUGGUGUCAAAGUCCUGAUUGAAGGACAGGCCCUGGAAGACAUUAUCCACAACCUACUCAAUGUUUCACUAGAACUUUGGAUGCACACUGAUGUGGUGCUGUUUCAUAUUUCAGGUUUAGGUUUACCAUGGGCACAGUGGUUACUUAGCCCCUCCCCUCUCACCACCACCCCUCUCAUUGCUGGAUACAAGUACUCAUGGUACCACAGCCAUCAGCGCCCAUGGGGCACUUCUCUGUCUAUGAGAUGCCUGAAAUGUGGUGCCAUCCAUCCAUGGGCACAAUUGAAGGUUGACUCUCAUCCUCCAUCUGGUUAUCACCCAAAGACUCGAGUAUCCACAUGCCGAAAGUGUGGCUUUGAAGUGUGUACUCAGCCUCUACUGGUUGAAUAUGAAGUGGUCCAUGGCAACACAACAUCUGGGUGGCUUAAAUACACAAUCUGCGCUGCAGAGCCUCUGUAA